AUGGGGUAUCAUACGACCAAAAUUCAUACAUUUUGCCGCAACCCUUCCAAGAGAGCCAUUCAAGGUAUCCCAUUUAGCAGCAUAAAGGGUGAUCGUAAAGGGGUAUUUGUGCCUGGCACCGCUACCCUUAACUGGAUCCUGGAUUGCUUGGUUUUUUCCCAUGACUUGGUGAAGGAGACUUUUAGUGAGUUUUCCCUGCCCCUCAGUGAUCCGGAUGAUAAAACCUUCAACUUCCCAGGGUUAUGUGAGCUGAGGAACUGCCUUGCAUAUUGCUUUAAUCAUGAGAAAACUCAUUGGUUCGUGUGGAUCAUGAAGGAGUAUGGAGUGCCUACAUUUUGGACUAAAUUGGCCAUCAUCCCCUGCCUUUCGCGUCUAACUGAUUAUCAUUUACGUCCAUUGUAUAUCUGGGGAAAUAAUAUUCUUGUGGCGGUUGCAUCAAGUUUAAGGAUAGUUCUGUAUAAUUUGGAUAAUGGUAGCUUUGAAUUUCCUGUAUUGAAAUCUACUCCUUCAAUAGGAUUGUACGUCUUUAUUUAUCACGAAAGCUUAGUUUCACCACCAUAUCCUGGCCUUCCAAGUAGCUCUUUCAGUUAA